CUUGUCACUUCCACCUCAGGUCCUCUGACCCUGCACAGCCUCAUCCCAGUGCUGCCAGCUGGCUCUGAGGCAGAAAUUCCUGAGUGCAGAAUCACUCAGCUGCAGGCACUGAAUCACUGCAAACACUUCAGCUGCAGGGUGAAGAGGUUCACAGGAGAAAUUGAGAGCCAGUUGCCAGGGCCCUUUAAAUACCCAAGCCCCACCCCUGGGCCGGCCUAUCCCCGCCCUGCCCUGCCGGGAAGUGAUCCCCAAGGCUGGGUGAGGGAGUUUCCUGGUCUGAGGAGUCUCACAGCCAGCUACACUUCUAGAUCCCUGAGCUGCAGUCACCAUGGCAACUGAAGAGUCCAUCAUACGCAUCCCCCCGUACCACUACAUCCAUGUGCUGGAUCAGAACAGCAAUGUGUCCCGCGUGGAGGUUGGGCCCAAGACCUACAUCCGGCAGGACAAUGAGAGGGUUCUGUUUGCCCCCAUGCGCAUGGUGACUGUCCCCCCACGCCACUACUGCACGGUGGCCAACCCUGUGUCCCGGGACGCCCAGGGUGCGGUGCUGUUCGACGUCACAGGGCAAGUCCGGCUUCGCCAUGCCGACCUAGAGAUCCGGCUGGCCCAGGACCCCUUUCCCCUGUACCCUGGGGAAAUGCUGGAAAAGGACAUCACCCCCCUGCAGGUGGUCCUGCCCAAUACCGCGCUCCAUCUGAAGGCACUGCUGGACUUUGAGGAUAAGAACGGGGAUAAGGUGGUGGCAGGAGAUGAGUGGCUGUUUGAAGGACCUGGCACGUACAUCCCCCGGAAGGAGGUGGAGGUCGUGGAGAUCAUUCAGGCCACGAUCAUCAGGCAGAACCAGGCCCUGCGACUGAGGGCCCGCAAGGAGUGCUGGGACCGGGAUGGCAAGGAGAGGGUGACAGGAGAAGAAUGGCUGGUCCGCUCGGUGGGUGCGUAUCUCCCAGCAGUGUUUGAAGAGGUUCUGGAUUUGGUGGACGCUGUGAUCCUUACGGAAAAGACAGCCCUGCACCUCCGGGCUCGGCAGAACUUCCGAGACCUGAGGGGAGUGGCUCGCCGCACUGGGGAAGAAUGGCUGGUGACCGUGCAGGACACGGAGGCCCACGUGCCUGACGUCCAUGAGGAGGUGCUAGGGGUUGUACCCAUCACCACCCUGGGCCCCCGCAACUACUGUGUGAUUCUCGACCCAGUCGGCCCGGAUGGCAAGAACCAGCUGGGGCAAAAGCGUGUGGUCAAGGGAGAGAAGUCUUUCUUCCUCCAGCCAGGGGAGAGGCUGGAACGGGGCAUCCAGGACGUGUACGUGCUGUCGGAGCAGCAGGGAUUGCUGCUCAGGGCCCUGCAGCCCCUGGAGGAGGGGGAGGACGACAAGACCGUCACACGCCAGGCUGGGGACCGCUGGCUCAUCCGUGGGCCCCUGGAGUACGUGCCGUCUGCCAAGGUGGAGGUGGUGGAAGAGCGCCAGGCCAUCCCUCUGGACGAGAACGAGGGCAUCUACGUGCAGGACGUCAAGACCGGAAAGGUGCGUGCUGUGAUUGGAAGCACCUACAUGCUGACCCAGGACGAAGUCCUGUGGGAGAAAGAGCUGCCUCCUGGUGUGGAGGAGCUGCUGAGCAAGGGGCAGGACCCUCUGGCCGACAGGGGUGAGAGGGACAUAGGCAAGGCCUUUCAGCCUGCCACUCCCAGGAACAAGACCCGUGUAGUCAGCUACCGUGUCCCUCACAAUGCCGCCGUGCAGGUUUAUGACUACAGAGAGAAGAAAGCUCGCGUGGUCUUUGGGCCUGAGCUGGUGUCACUGGGUCCUGAGGAGCAAUUCACUGUGUUAUCCCUGUCGGCUGGGCGGCCCAAGCGUCCCCACGCCCGCCGUGCACUCUGCCUGCUGCUCGGGCCUGACUUCUUUACAGACGUCAUCACCAUCGAGACAGCAGAUCACGCCAGGCUGCAGCUGCAGCUCGCCUACAACUGGCACUUUGAGCUGAAGGACCGGAAGGACCCCCAAGAGACAGCCAAGCUCUUCUCCGUGCCUGACUUUGUGGGUGACGCCUGCAAGGCCAUCGCCUCCCGGGUCCGGGGGGCCGUGGCCUCAGUCAGCUUCGAUGACUUCCACAAGAACUCGGCUCGCAUCAUUCGCACGGCUGUCUUUGGCUUUGAGACUUCAGAAACCAGGGGCCCCGACGGCCUGGCCCUGCCUCGGCCCCGGGACCAGGCCAUGUUCCCCCAGAACGGGCUGGUGGUCAGCAGCGUGGACGUGCAGUCGGUGGAGCCAGUGGACCAGAGGACCCGGGAUGCUCUGCAGCGCAGCGUGCAGCUGGCCAUCGAGAUCACCACUAACUCCCAGGAGGCGGCCGCCAAGCAUGAGGCUCAGAGACUAGAGCAAGAAGCCCGUGGCCGACUGGAGAGGCAGAAGAUCUUGGACCAAUCAGAGGCUGAAAAGGCUCGCAGGGAGCUCCUGGAGCUGGAGGCUCUGAGCACGGCCGUGGAGAGCACUGGGACUGCCAAGGCAGAGGCGGAGUCCCGGGCAGAGGCGGCGCGGAUUGAGGGGGAAGGCUCCGUGCUGCAGGCCAAGCUGAAAGCCCAGGCCCUGGCCAUUGAGACGGAGGCUGAGCUCCAGCGGGUCCAGAAAGUCCGAGAGCUAGAGCUGGUCUAUGCCCGGGCCCAGCUGGAGCUGGAGGUGAGCAAGGCCCAGCAGUUGGCUGAGGUGGAGGCAAAGAAGUUCAAGCAGAUGACAGAGGCCCUGGGCCCCAGCACCAUCAGGGACCUGGCCGUGGCUGGGCCAGAGAUGCAGGUGAGACUGCUGCAGUCCCUGGGCCUGAAAUCAACCCUCAUCACCGAUGGCUCCACUCCCAUCAACCUCUUCAACACAGCCCUGGGUCUGCUGGGGCUGGGGGCUGAGCCUCAGCCCCAAGCCAGAAAGACGGCCGGUGGGCCCAGCGCCCAGGAGGGCCUGCUUCUCCAGGGCCCCUCUGCCCCUCAAGCUCCUGGAGGCAACCACAUCGUGCCUUAGCUCUGCUGUGUGACAACGGACAAAUAAACGCGACGUUUCUGGGCAUUUCAA